AUGGUGGGCACCUUAAAGCGCCCAGCGUCGUCAUCGAGGUCCUCGUCCCUCUGUGGCUUCCCGCGGUCCACGCCGGAGGCCGAGGGCUUGGCCGCGGCGCCCUUGGAGGAACUGCGACGCAGCGUGGCGGCGGAGGUGAAGUGCGGAGCGCUGGCGGAUGCGGCGCAUGUGGUGCUGCGACACGGGAAAUGUGUGGUGGCCUUUGGAGAUGGAAAAGGCUCCAAGGAAAGCAACUUCACCUUGAGGAGCCUAUGCAAACUCCAUGGCUGUACGAAGCCGCUGGUGGCCUGUGCUUUCCUGACCUUGGUUGACAGUGGCAAAGUGAAGCUCUCAGAUCCGGUCUCCAAAUACAUCCCCUUCUCUGAGGUCAAGGCCACUAAGGCCAAGAAGCCAAAGGCUGUGGAGACGGUACCAACUCUGCGGAAUUUGUUGACCAUGACGGCGGGACUUCAGUAUCAGGACUGCCCUGCCUAUCGUGGUGCAAUGAAGCAAAUUCGCCAGGGCAAAAUUCGCACACUGGCGGCCAUGUGUGAAGCACUGGCAGAACAACCACUGCAAAAUGAACCAGGUUCUUGCUACACCUACAGCUUCUGUACGGACUUUCUGGGACGAGUCUGCGAGAAGGUCAGUGGGAAAUCCCUGGAGGCUUUCAUGAAAAAAGCCUUGCUGGAUCCCUUGGGCAUGCGCGACACACACUUCGUGGUGCCAGCUAAGAAGAGGUCUAGACAAGCAACUCUGUACGACUGCCAGCGAGUUGCCGGGAACUAUGUCUGCAAGGUGUGGCAACAUGCUGAAAGAGCUGAUGGAAUCAUGAGCGGCGGUGGUGGCAUUCUCAGCUACCAUGAUCCGGGAAUGUGGAGCACAGUGGAGGACUAUGUAAAGUUCUGCCAGAUGUUGCUCACAGGGCGAUCAGCAACGGGCAAACAAAUCCUUCGACCAAAGACGUUGCAAAGCCUUUGGCAAGACAGCUUAGUCGAGUACGGCCGGAAGGAUGGUCGCCUGCCAGGAUGGCAUGAUGCAUCCGGGAGAAGCCCUGGAGGAGUUUGGGACUACACCGGUUGGUCGCUGCUGAACACCCAUUUGACCUUCGAGGAGCCACCCAAAGCUGGUGUUAUCCGUGAAGGUCAGACGAUGUGGAUGGGAGGAGGAGGUGGUACCUAUUGGGUGGUGGAUCGCGUUCACAGCACCGUGGCAGUCUCCUUUUCUCAAAGUUUUGGUGGAAGAGGGCAUUCCACUGAUGCAGCCAAGGACGCUUCCGUUUUCACUGAAGCCGCUGUGGAGGAAGGGGAAGGGCAGCAGCCUGGGCAGCCACCCAAGCGGCGACGGAUGAAGUGA